AUGUCCAGCUCGGGAACACUCGCUGAUGAGAAACAACUGGGUUUUUGUGAGUUGGGUAAAAACCCAAUGACUUGGGUAUAUAAAUACGACGGUCAUAUGUUGUUAUUUCGCAUCACAAAAGAAUUCAUUAUUAUAUUGAAUCUACUAUUAAAUCAAAAUUAUGAUCUCCAAAUAUUUUCACGAACGAAUUCCAGUUUCAUCUCUGGUCGAUCAGAAACUCUCUACACAAACCAUUUCACGUGUCAAGUGGCUCAAAAUCUGCCUCUGUAUCAAUAUGAUGUCUCUAUUGAAGCACUAGGCACGCUCUCCAAUGAAUGGUAUGAAGUUAAAGGUCGAUCCCGAUGUGCUUUGAUCAUGCAAGCAUUAAUUUCGUCGGGCACUUUUGGUCCCGACACAGUCGUAUGGUAUGACGAACAAAAAUGCUUAUACAGUACAUCAAUACUUCCGACUCCAAGAUUAAUCAUGAACGGCAGUGGUCAGGAACGAUUGAAUAUCAAAUCCUUAGCUAAUCAAUGGUCAACAAAUGAUAUUCAUAAUUACAUAAACGGUCAAGGAAAUGAAUAUCCAUACGAUGCUGUUCGAAUUCUUGAAACGCUUCUAAAGAAAUCUCUUCAAGAUCGGAUUAAAGUCGUUAGUAACACAUGCUAUUUCACUGAUGAACCACCACGACAACUGCCUGGUGGUUUCGAAGAACGAUCUGGUUUUAUACAAGCACUCAAUCUUGCCUCUGGUCGUUUAACAUUAAAUAUUCAAACGAAAUUAACACCAUUCUAUCCAGACAUGCCCCUACUUGAUUUUAUUCAUUUACAAAUUGGUGGUAAACGCAUACCUAACGAACAGGAAUGUAAAAAAUUAAGUCGCGUACUGAAAGAUUGCCUUAUUGUGACCAGACAAUCAAAUUGGAAGCAAGCUUAUGAGUUCGAUCGCUUCGUUGGCCAACGUCCAUGUGACAUCAAAAUCGAGUCUGGUGAAUCGCUGGUUGAAUACUAUAAAAAUGCGAAAAAUAUCACCUUGACAGAAACAAACUACCCAUGUAUAGAAGUCUACGUGCCAAACGAAUACAAGAAACCAUGUCACUUACCAUUAGAAGUGUGUCGUAUCAAAUCCUGGCAAAUUUACGAUAAAAUGAUAUCCAAAAUGCAGGAAGCUCAACAACCGCGUAAAUAUAUCCCCAAACCUAAUGAACGCUACGUCAACAUCAUGGACACAGUUCGUAAAUGCAAUUUCAACUCUGCUUCGAAUGUUCUCUGUCGGGAAGUCGGUUUCCGAAUCGAAGAUAAUGAAAUGUUGAAGUUAAACGGACGAGUAUUAACUCAACCGCAGAUUUUCACUGGUCAAAAUAGCACUGCUAAUGUUCGAAUUGGUCGCAUACCUCUCGAUGGACAUUUAUUUACGCCCAAACCUCUUUCAGCAUUGGCUAUUGCUUAUUUCGGUUCCAAUUCCCAGCGAGAUUCACAGGCAAUGAAUGAAUUUGUUCGAGUUUUGCUGGAUGGACUAAAAACGUAUCACGUGGAUGUCAAGCACGAAAAACACGUUGUUCAACCUGCAAACGAUGAGAUCACUCGAUACUUCCAAACUAUGAGCAGUCGGAAUUGUCAAUUUGUCGUUUGUGUGAUGAGUGCAAAAACUGAGGAUGAACUCAAACAAUUACAAGCGGAUAUCAAGGAUUGCGGGACACUUCGGUUUGGUAUUAUGACACAAUGUGCAGUAAUGUCAAAAAUCGAUGGCAAUCGUUCAUUGUCGAGUUAUUGUGAAAAUCUAAUACGAAAGAUAAAUUUCAAAAAUUCGGGCAUUAAUACAAAAGUUAAUCUAAACGAAACAUUGAAAAACAAGAAAUCAAGAACUGAUUCAUACAUGUUCUUUGGUGGUGAUGUUAUACAUCCAACAAAUGUCACUCGACAACAUCCAUCGAUCGCAGCGGUUGUCGGCUCCAGAGAUUCAUUGUGUUCCACAACAGCUGUCCGCGUUUGUAAACAAUACCCUAAAGAAGGCAAAUGUUCAAUUGAAACCAUUCUUGGCUUAACAGAAAUGGUUGAACAAUUGUUAAGUUAUAAUCAACAAGCAAACAAAGUCCUACCAAAUAAAAUCGUUUUUUAUCGUGAUGGAGUUGAUGAUGGUCAGUUCGGAAAAGUUCUUGGCUAUGAAAUCCCAGCUAUUCGUAAAGCGUUCGAUGCUGUUUAUGGUGAAAAAUCUAAACAUCCGCAGUUAACUUUUCUUGUUGUUAAAAAACGUCAUAAUACUCGCUUUUUCGCAUAUAAUCAAUCGAGUGAUGAAACAAAGAAUAUGCCAAUCGGUACUGUGAUCGACACAACAAUUGUUCACCCGUAUCAAAACAAUUUUUAUCUCAAUUCGCAUAAUGCUUUUCAAGGUGUCAACCAUCCAUCACUCUAUCACGUUCUGCUCGACGAAAUUGGUUUUACUGCCGAUGAAUUACAACUGUUAACAUAUCACUUAUGUUUUACGGAUCCACGAUCAUCAGCUUCAGAAGCUAUUCCAUCAGUUGUACAUCAAGCAGAUAUAGCUGCUCUGAAAGCGCGAGAUUUGUUCUAUGAUGACGAACGUUCGUCAGGAACAAGUGACGGUGGACGAAGUCAACCAUUAAGAAAUCCUACAUUGAACGAUGUUGACUACGAGAUUCUUGGUGUACAUGAAAAGCUCAAAGACCGACCCAUAUUCGGUUAA